AUGGUCGAAGAUGUCGGCCCAAAUCUCGUAAAAUUCAGUCAUGCAACCGCGCUUUUUCAACUAAUUGUUAUCAAAUUAUUCGGAGGAGUAAAAAUUUUUCGGUCGCACAUCGAGUGGUUCCUGCAGUUCUAUCUGCAGACCGAAAAAGCUCCGACUGCCAUUCCGGAACUAAUCAGAACUCAGUUCGGUUUCAUCCAUGAGAGUGUUCGGCAACUGAUGCUCAGGAAAUUCGGUACGGAAUUGUGGCAGAAUGUUCUAACUCGUGCCGGCUUUGAAAGCGGGAAGGAGAACAUAAUCAAUCAUUAUUACCCGGAUUCGGAUACGUAUCUACUAGUGGACAGCGUUGCAAUCCUCACAAAAAUGUCACGAGAGCAAGUUUGGGAGCUGUACGGUUCUUUUCUUAUUGAAUACACGAUGGAGAUUGGAUGGGAUGAGCUCAUUAGAAACAUGAGUCCUAAUUUGAAGGUAAAUUAG